CGGCCUUUGUCUCUCGUGUCUGCACGUGCGUGGCUCGGUCAGUAGCCGCCGCGCUUCUCCUUCGCUCUGGGCGGUUCAGGAGGCUCUGCCGCAGCCGGGGUCCUCUUGUGACCUGCAUGUACUGGGGGAUUCGCAGGGAGGAUGUCGGGACACCCCGGAAGGUGGGAAACGAACUCGGUUGCCUUUGAGGAUGUGGCUGUGAACUUCACCCAGGAGGAGUGGGCUUUGUUGGAUCCUUCCCAGAAGAAUCUCUAUAGAGAUGUGAUGCAGGAAACCUUCAGGAAUCUGGCUUCCAUAGGAAACAAAGGGGAAGACCAGAGUAUUGAAGAUCAGUACAAAAAUUCUUCGAGAAAUCUAAGUUCAUUUCAGAUACAUCAGAGAAGUCACACUGGAGAGAAACCCUAUGAAUGUAUGGAAUGUGGGAAAGCCUUAGGUUUUUCCCGUUCUCUUAAUAGACAUAAAAGGAUUCACACUGGAGAAAAACGCUAUGUGUGUAAGCAGUGUGGGAAAGCCUUCAGUCGUUCCAGUCACCUUCGUGACCAUGAAAGGACUCAUACUGGAGAGAAACCCUAUGAAUGUCAGAAAUGUGGUAAAGCCUUUAGUCGUGCUAGUACCCUUUGGAAGCAUAAAAAAACUCAUACUGGAGAAAAGCCCUAUAAAUGUAAAAAAAUGUAAAGGCUUUAAUCACUACAGUUUUUGUCAAAAACAGGAACAGUCACAUACUGUUGAGAGAAACUGUGAAUGUAAGGUGUAGGAAAGUACUUAAUUUUCCCAGAUUUCUUCAAAUACAUGAAAGGAAUCAAACUGGAGAUAAACCCUAUGACUAUAAGCAAUAAGGUAAAGCAUUCAAUUUUUCCAUUUCUUUUCGAAAACUUGAAAGGACUCACUGAAGAAAAUCCGUAUGAAUGUAUACAAUGUGGUAAGGCCUGCAGUUGUUCCAGUGGUAUUUGAUGGUUAUAAAAUAACUCAUUCUAGAGAAAAACUUUAUGAAUGUAUCGAAUGUGAGAAUGCCUUCAUUUAUCCUAUAACUCACUCAGAGACACAUGGUAAUACAUACUCCAGAUUGAACUUAUAAAUAAAAGAAUGCCCACCACAUUGAAACCCUAGUAUUUUAGGAAAUACAGAAAAUUCUGAAUUUUAACACUUACUUUAAAAGUCAUGUGAAAACUCCCACUGGAAAUAAAUCCUGUAAAUGUAAAUAUUAUGGAAAACCUUAUGGAAAAUAAUUAUAGUACAAUUCUCAAGAAAAUUCACUAUGUGAAUGAGAUGUUUUAGGAGCUGUAAAUAAAUAGAAUAUAUCAGUUGCUCAUUUUUGAAGAGAGUCCCUAGAAUAUAGAUUUUCACUUUAAAAAAAAAAAAACA